UGUCAUUUUAUUAGAUCACUAACUUGGCAUUUGAGCAGGGGUGUGUGGACUUUUUAUAUCCACUGCAUUUAUUCCACAAACGAUAUAUCGUCAUAGGCAGACCAAUUAAUUAAAUGCGCUUUGGAGUGGCUGAGUUGUGUCUGGUGGUUUGCCGAGAAACUUUUUCCUUGGUGAAAUAUAAUGUGGCUUCGGUAUACUGUACUGCUCGAGUCAGUGGCAAGUCCCGCCCCCCUGUUCCCCCAGCCUGGAGAUGCCGCCUGUCAAUCAACGCGAAACCAGCCCCGCCCACCUUCUCCCCCUCUGACAGUCAGACGGGAAGCCGGCCACAGACUCGCCCUUUACAGCUGUGCGACUUCAAACUCGAUGACAUCACGCGCUGUCGGCGACGGACGAAGGGGGCAAAAUGCGAGUGCUCGGAAGACAUUACGCCGCUGGAUAAAAGUAGGUGCGAGAAGGCUGCAAAGUUGUUUUCACUCUCGUUGAGACGCGUGCGCAAAAAAAAAGUGCGCGGUAAAAGGACUGUCGGGAGAACGUUUGGACACCAUGGUGGAUUAAAAGCGGAUACAAAAGUGCGAUUUGACAGCUCAAAAGACGCGUUGUUGUUGUUGUUUGCACGUUGCGACGCGUGUGUUUUAAGUCCACCGGAGCUUUGACUCGACGUCAUAGACAAGUCGGCGGACUGAAAGUGGAGACACGGAGGGGCAGUUGUGUCGUUGAUGCCGACCCAGUUUGCGAGGCGGUGCGCGGUGACUAAUAAGCCACACACAGGUCCAAGCGGCUGCUGAAUUGAAUUUGUCUGGAGAGUGCAGAAGCGCAAGUAACGAGAAGCAUAUUUGACUUCGCUCUGCCGUAUGCGCGCGAGAGACGGAUUUUGAAGUUGCCGCGGCAACUCUUGCGGGACUUUGAAAAAAAAAAAGUUUUUGGACAAGGAAUUCAAUUGAGGAUGGGUGACCAUGCGGACGGCGGGGAGAACGUGAACCUGAGUGUGCUCAACUGGGAGCAAGUGCAGCGUCUGGAUGCCAUUCUGGCCGGCUCCAUCCCCAUCCACGGCCGCUGGAGCUUCCCCACGCUGGAGGUGAAGCCGCGCGACAUCGUCAAAGCGGUCCGCAGCCGAAUGGAGCAAACGCACAUUCGCGUCCGCGAAGUGCGGCUCAACGGUUCGGCGGCCAGCUACGUGCUACACGAGGACAGCGGACUGGGGUGGAAUGACCUGGACCUCAUCUUCUGCGCCGAGCUCAAGGGGGAGAAAGAAUUCCAGAUCGUCAAAGAUUUGGUGCUGGACUGCCUGCUGGACUUAUUGCCCGAGGAAGUGAACAAGGAGAGAAUCACGCCCUUGACGCUAAAGGAGGCCUACGUGCAAAAGAUGGUGAAAGUGUGCAAUGACACGGACCGCUGGAGCCUCAUCUCGCUGUACAACAACCGCGGCAAGAACGUGGAGCUCAAAUUCGUGGACUCCCUGCGGCGGCAGUUCGAGUUCAGCGUGGAUUCCUUCCAGAUCCGCCUGGACUCGCUGCUACUCUUCUACGAGUGCUCGGAGCACCCGAUGACCGUCCAGCCCCUCUUCGCUUGCCCACCCUCGCCGCCCCACCACUACACGCCCCCCUCGCAGCAUCCCAUGCACGCCACCUGGCUGCCCUGUAACUAG